CGGCAGCGAAGGUUCAGUUUGAUUGGACGUUUUGUGCCGUAAACCGUGUUGGUUACAGAACGCAUGGGAAGAGCAGAGCGUGUGUAUCUGAAAUAAUGGAGGCUAAAUCCAAAAAACCCUUUUCCCCUAAAGGUGGAAAGAAGUUUACACAGAAAGGAAAAGAUUCCAUAGGGACCAAACUUGGUGGGAAACCAGGCGGUAAGCCAGGUGGGAAAAAGCCCUUCAAAUCGUACAACAACGCAGAGAGGAAGGGCAGACCGGAGAAGGGCGGGGAUGGCGGCAAGCGAGGACAAAAGUUUGCUUUCUCCAAAGACGGGGAGGGCCCGCAGAAGAGAAAAAUGCCAUUUAAAGGGAAACAUACAGAAGAAGAGGGUGGAGGUCCGGCGGCUAAGAAAAUGAAGAAAGGCGAGUUCAAGCCAAAGACGGAGCUGACGGAGGAGGAGCUGAAGAAGAACAGGCAGCAGAGGAAGAAGGAUCUGAAGAACAGCAGACAGCAGGCGGAGAGGAAGGACAUGUUUCAGAUCAUCUGUCAGUGCAAACGUGUGUGGGGAGACCUCAGGAGGAAGAAAUGCGAAAACGACUUAAAGCAGAAACUGAUGAAGGAGCUUCAUGAUCUGAUUCGCGGGAAGAUCAAACAGAUGGCGUUUGCUCACGACUCGGUGCGCGUGCUGCAGUGUUUCAUCCAGUUCGGCAGCCACGAGCAGAGACAGGAACUGUUGGAGGAGCUCAAAGAUGACAUCAUCGAGUUGUGUAAGUCGCAGUACGGCAAACACGUGGUGAAAAAAAUGCUGAUGUACGGGAACAAGGAGCUGGUGGCGGCGGUGAUGCAAACGUUUAAAGGCCACGUGCGGCCGAUGCUUCGCCACGCGGCCGCCUCGUCCAUCAUCGAGUACGCAUACAACGACAAAGCUGUGCUCGCACAGAGACUCAUGCUCACUGAGGGGCUGUACGGGAACACCUUCACUGUCUGCAAGUCGACAGUGUGCAACACCAUCGAAAAAGUUGCCGAGGCGAACCCGGACAAGCUGAAAAACAUCAUCGACGAGAUGAAGCAGAUUCUCACCCCCAUGGCCCAGAAAGAACAAGUGAUCAAACACUCUCUGGUCCACAAAGUCUUCCUGGACUUCUUCCUGUUUGCGCCGGACAAACCGAGAACGGAGAUGAUCGAGUCCAUCAGAGAGGCGGUUGUCUACAUGGCUCACACGCACGACGGAGCCCGAGUGGCGAUGCACUGUCUGUGGCACGGGACAGCCAAGGACAGAAAGGUCAUCAUCAAAACCAUGAAGACCUACAUGGUGAAGUUUGCCACGGGAGAGUUUGGUCACCUGGUCCUUCUGGCCAUGUUCGACUGUGUGGACGACACCAAGCUGGUCAAACAGGCUGUGCUCUCGGAGAUCCUGUCGUCUCUGGACGAGGUCAUCGGUAAUAAAUACGGUAAGAAGGUGCUGCUGUACCUGCUGAGCCCCAGAGACCCCGCUCACCUGCUGCCUGAGAUCAUCAAGGUGCUGGAGCAAGGAGACGGGAACGCACACAGUAAAAAGGACAUGGCACUUCGGAGGAAGGAGCUGCUGGAAGUGGUCUCCCCCCCACUGCUGGAGCAUCUCCAUGACAACGCUGCCGCCAUGGUGAUGGACAAGGCGUCCAGCGUCACCGUUAGUGACAUCCUGGCAUCGGCCUGUGGGGACCUGCGGCCCGCCAUGACGGCCGUGGCUCAGCUGGCCAACCAGGAGUUGGUGCCAGGAGGGACCAACGGACAGCUUCACAUGGCGGAGCAUCCAGCAGGACACCUGGUGCUGAAAUGGCUCAUGGAGCAGGACAUGACACUGGCAGAGGCCGGCAAGGAAGAGAGGUUCAGCAGAAUACUGGUGGACACUGUGGGAACAGACAAACUGAAGAGCUGGGUCAAAGUCAACAGAGGAGCCAUGGUGCUCUGCAGCCUCCUGAACAGCUGUGACAAGUCCGUGGCAGCUGAGGUGAAGGCGGCGCUGGAGUCCAUCAAAUCGGAGCUCAGCAGCAUCAGCAACACCAACAAAGGAGCAGAAAUCCUGCUGGAGAAUCUGAACAAGUAGAGACUUCUGAUUUCAGACAGACUGGUGAUGUUAAACACAUCACUUCCUGUGCAGCAGUGGGCCUUUUUUCCCCCAAAAACGCCUACACGACUGCGAGCGGAAACUUUUUCACAAAAUGGAUACAACCUGGAGCACCGUUGUCAUGGCCGUCACUGGCGGAAACAACGGACGUGAAUUUGUGUGGAAAUGUUGACAAUUGUAUCUGUGUAUAAUGAAAUAAAGGUGUUUGGAGGACGAGGCGAUGCUUCAAGAAAACAGAUGCCCCCUGUGUGCAGGCAGCAACAAUGCACAUAACGUACAUACAACAUAUACUUACAUUUUUAGUCAAGCUGCUGCCAAUGAAAGUCAGCAUCUCUUUCACAUUAAAAGCUUACGUGGUGGAAGAAAAACUACGCCCUUAGAGCCGCUGAAGGCUUUUAAAGUGAAGUUUAAAGUGAGUUUCAUUGACAUCCAAAUGGAAAAAACUACCAAACUGAUAUCUCAAAACCGUCUCUAUGGCAACAUACAACCUAAAGGCUUUCUUGUGGUAAUUUGAGUGAACCAGGGCCUGCACAGUCAGUGAAUACAAACAGCAGCCCCGUUUCUAGAUGUCCAGAAGUCCUGAAUGUUUGUGCCAUCCUGUUUCAGAUUUUAUUUCUUAAGAUUUUUUACCUUGUGAUAACUGUACCAGCUGAAAAGAAAGUGUUUGCAAAUUAAAGAUUAUUUGAAGUA